AUGAGGGUCGUUAUCGCUCAUUUAGUCGCCGCUUUACUAUCUUCCAGCGCCUCAGCAUCAGCAUGUUGUCAUCAAUUGACGGGGAACCUCGGCGGCAAAGUCAGCUUUCCUGAUACCAAAAGCUACAACGCCACGAUAUCUAGCUACUGGUCUAAACAGGAGUCUACCCUUCACCCUGCCUGUAUCCUGCAGCCUACCACGGCCCACGAUGUUUCAUCCGCCUUGAAGAUAAUCAGCACUCAUAAAGACUGCAGAUUCUCAAUCAAGGGUCAUGGUCAUGCUCCUGCAGCAGGUUUUGCAAACGCAAAUGGCGGUGUUACCAUUGACAUGACAACCCUGUCCUCCGUAUCUCUCAACAAGAAGUCAACGAUUGCAAGCAUCGGCGCCGGUGCAAAGUGGCUCGACGUCUAUCAGCAUCUCGACGGCUCAGGUGUUCAAGUGGCUGGCGGUCGAAACGGAAACGUCGGCGUUGGAGGCUUGCUCCUUGGUGGAGGAAUAUCUCACUUCACUACUAAAGUCGGAUGGGCUUGUGAUAAGGUGAUUAACUAUGAGGUCGUACUUUCCAAUAGCACUCUGAUCAACGCAAGCAAGAAAGAGAACUCAGACCUGUUCCUCGCUCUGAAAGGAGGGGGUAACAACUUUGGAGUUGUUACGCGCUUUGACAUUGAAACAUUCCCGCAGGGCGAUAUUUCUACUACAAGCAUCUCUUACGACAUUUCGGAAAGGGAGGAGGUGUUCCAGGCUUUCACGGACUUACUUGAUUCAUCGUCAUACGAUCCUGCAGCGUCUUUGGUUGCUGGUCUUCUUUAUAGCUCAGCAUCUAAAGCAUGGUCAUUGUCAGCUUCGGCUGUAUACACAAAGCCAAUUUCCCAACCAAAGAUCUUCAAGGGCCUAGCAGAAAUACCUCACACAAAGCUGGUCAACAACAUCACGACAUUGGCAGACUUUGCUGAUGAGAAGGAUACGCCGCCAUUGAACUGGCUGUUUGCGACAGUGACUCUCGAGCCAUCCGCCCAAAACAUGCAGCAUAUGUUUGAUACCCUCAACGACACUAUCUAUUCGUUUAACCCCCAGGGUGGUGUGACAUGGAGUAUCGCUUUUGAACCAUUAGUCGCAGCAAUGCUGAAGGGUUCCAAACACACAAACGUCCUGGGCCUCGAAUCGGCCAAUGAUGGCUACAUUGUUCUUAUCUCAGCGCUAUGGCCGAACUCAGCUGUCGACUCGAACGUUGAAGAGAGGGCCAAGAAGGUACUGUCAGCAUGGGAAGAAAAUGCUCGCGCAAAGGGACUGCUGCAGAAGUUCCAGUAUCUCAACUACGCUGCGCCAUACCAAAGACCGUUUGAGUCAUAUGGCCCUGAUGAGCUGGAAUUUCUCAAGUCAGUCAGCAAGAAGUAUGAUCCUGCCCAGAUCUUGCAGAAGAGAGUUGGUGGCUUCAAGCUCUGA